AUGCCGACCAUACUUCCCCUCGAUCGAUCCUACCGCUUACCCUCAUAUUCGCUCACCCUCCUCUCCGCCCUCGCCAUCCGCUUCCUCCUACAUCCAGCGCCACAAUCGCGCGCCACCCUCCUCCGAACCAUCUCCACGCUCGUCUUCCCCACCCUGACAUUCUCCAUCCUCCAACACCGGCACAUUACUCUGCAUCGCACCCUCGCGCUUCGAGUAUCUUCUUCCUUAAGUGCAUAUCAUGCUGCUGUCUCCGGCAAAACCGUUCUCGCAGGCCCUGGAAUGCAGACGAUCUUUGGAAUGCUGUUCAGCACCGCUCUGCUGUCCAACCUUCCGCUACUGUACAGCAGGCUCUUGCCCGGGGAAGAGAUGUCGGAAUCUACUGGGAAGCUAGCGAGUGGAGUGGGUUGGUUCUUCGCAGCCGUAAAUCUGACGGUGGUCGUGGUGUGCUGGAUCAUGAUGAUAACGCAAGAGGAGGUAAAGGUGGAGUUUGAGGAUGCAGUGAAGGACGAUCAAGUGGCGUUGAACAAGUUGGAGGGAAAGAAGGUGGGUGAAGGCUGGUCGAGGAUAGCAAGUACUUCGAGGAGACACGAUCUUUGGGUGAAGAAAGUACUCUUGCCGAACGGAGAUCAUGUCGGCGUGUGGGAGAUGACCACUCGUUUGGCGGACAACCAUCCGCUCUACAACCCUGACGCCGCACAGAAGAACUCCAGUCCUACUCUUCGCAUCUCUCUGCCCUAA